AUGCUGCUCAGAGCCGCCCAGAACAUUUUCCGACCGACUCUGGCACGAUCUUUCAGACCCCUGACGGCCGUCGGUGGCCUCCACACAUUGCCGGACCUGCCCUAUUUCUAUGAUGCUCUUGAGCCCUUCAUCUCUAAGGAGAUUAUGAACCUUCAUCAUAAGAAGCAUCAUCAGGCUUAUGUGAACGGUCUAAAUGCUGCUGAAGAAUCGUACGCGAAGUCACAGAGUGCUAAAGAGAGAAUCGCUCUUCAGCCUUCCCUCCGGUUCAACGGUGGUGGCCAUAUAAAUCAUUCCUUGUUCUGGACCAAUCUGGCGCCGGUAUCUACUGGUGGGGGUGAACUCGGGGCUGGAGGACUCAAGACGGCUAUUGAGCGCGACUUCGGCUCCCUAGAGGAGUUAAAGAGGAGGUUCAAUACCGAGACCGCCGCUAUUCAAGGAAGUGGAUGGGGAUGGCUUGGGUUGAACAAGAGUCUUAAAAAGCUGGAGAUCGUCACUACACCUAAUCAGGACCCUUUGCUCAGCCACAUACCGAUUAUCGGUGUCGACAUAUGGGAACAUGCGUUCUAUCUUCAGUACCAAAACGUCAAAGUCGAUUAUCUGAAUGCUAUCUGGCAUGUCAUCAAUUUCCAGGAAGCUGAGAAGCGACUUAAGGAGGCGUUGUAA